AAAUGUAUGGCUAACAAAAUGCAACCAGCCUCCUCCCUGCUCUAGCCUACACCUUAGACAUGUACCAUUGAACCGGUGAAUUCUUUGGUGUCAACGAGGCUUUGUUCUCAUCCGCUCUGGCCGCCAUGUUGUUCAGCAUCUUGGGUGCUCAGCCCCUUACUAUCGGCGGCAUUACUGGCCUGAUUUCACUCUUCAACGAUACCAUAUACCACAUCAUUGCCCGGUACGAUGUCUCCAUUUACCCACAGUUCAUCUGCUGGACUGCUAUCUGGGCCCCUAUCUUCCAUUGGCUCACGGCGAUUUGGAAUACGUGCGAUUAUAUGCGCUACGUAACCGUAUUCUCUAUCAAGGGCGUGGAAGAACUUGUCAGCGAGUUUUCUUCUCGAGGCAGCAUUGAUGGAUACCUCAAUUGCACAUUCGCCAUUCUAUACUUCGCCACCAUCUAUGUGCUGGAGAAAUUAGGAUCGAACACAAUUUUCAAACCUUCCUUCAGGCGCUUUUUGGACAACUACGCUUACUCGAAAGCCAAAAUCUUUUGGGUUAGCUUUGCGCAUAUCCCAGGACAUUUGAGAGAGGCAAAUAUAGGCAAAGUACCCAUUACAAAGGCCUUUCAUCCUACCCAACCUCGUAGCAGGUUGAUAGACUUCUGGGAACUGGACGUCAAAUGGAUCUUUGUCGCUAUCCCCUUCAGGUUUUUAACAAUGUUUCUCUUUUACUUCGAUUAUGCACCUUUACGUGCUACAGAACAUCAGCAGCUUGACCUCCCAAUCUCGGCAGUUCCUGUUGAAAAACUCAGGAGGCUUCCACUGGGAUUUCUUUCUCCUUGGCUGCACAACCUUUGUUGCCGGUAUCUUAGGUCUUUCAAUGCCCAACGGGCUCGUUCCUCAGGCACCGCUACAUACGGAUUCCCUGACUAUUUACGAAACGGACAUGGUCAAAAUAUCCACCUGAGGGCGAGGGCGCAGAAGUCAGGAGACCCAUCGUGAAAGCUACUGCAGUGGUCGAGCAGCGGGUUUCUCACUUCUUCACGGGCCUGGCAUUGAUCGGAACCAUGACUGGACCUUUACUUGUCGUCUUGCAUAGUAUGCCCGCGGCGGCUUUUGCUGGGGUCUUCUUUGUCGUUGGUUGGGAUCUAUCGAAUCCAAUGGAAUUGUAGAAAAGCUGGUUUUCCUUUUCAAGGAAAAUAGGUUCAUCCAGCGUGACGAGCGGAUGCUCACUUUUAGGAGAUGGAAAAUAGCGUUGUAUAUUGGGCUUCAGCUUUUCGGUGUGCUAUUCUGCGUUGCCGUUUCACAGACCAUCGCGGCCAUCGAUUUUCCCGUCCUCAUAUGCCUUAUAAUACCCAUGCAUGCCGCGCUGAUGCCCAAAUGGUUCGCCCUGAAGGAACUGGAGGUGAUGGAUGACCUCACAGCAAACAACAAGGUUUGCCUGGCCAGCCUAGGUGGUGCGCCCAUAGUUAUAAUUAUAGCUCGGAAAGUUGCACAAUUAAGUCUCUACAACAAUGAUAACCCAAAUGUUUGCCAUAA